AUGGCGUUAGCAAAUAACUUAACGGCGAUACUGAACUUACUAGCCUUACUCUGUUCGAUACCGAUAACGGCGUCAGGGAUAUGGCUUGCCUCAAAACCCGACAACGAGUGUGUCAAUCUCCUCCGCUGGCCCGUCGUCGUCCUCGGCGUUCUCAUCCUCGUCGUCUCCGCCUGCGGCUUCAUCGGCGCCUACCAGUACAAGGAGACUCUACUGGCUGUAUACUUGUGCUGUAUGGCGAUACUGAUCGGACUCUUGCUGGUGGUUCUGAUAUUCGCUUUCGUCGUGACCCGACCCGACGGGUCGUACCCGGUUCCGGGUCGAGGAUACAAAGAGUACAGGCUCGAAGGGUUCUCGAAUUGGCUGAGAGAGAACGUUGUGGAUUCCAAGAAUUGGGGAAAGAUAAGAGCUUGUUUGUCUGAUACUAACGUUUGUCCUAAACUCACUCAACAGUUCAUCAACGCUGAUCAGUUCUUCGCUUCUUCUUCCAUCACUCCUCUCCAGUCCGGCUGCUGCAAACCACCAAACGCGUGUGGCUACAACUUCGUGAAUCCGACGCUGUGGCUAAACCCAACCAACAUGGCUGCAGACGCAGACUGUUACCUAUGGAGCAACGACCAAAGCCAGCUUUGUUACAAUUGCAACUCAUGCAAAGCUGGUCUUUUGGGAAACCUAAGAAAAGAUUGGCGUAAAGCAAAUCUCAUACUUAUCAUCACUGUCGUUAUUCUCAUUUGGGUCUACGUUAUUGCAUGUAGUGCGUUUAGGAAUGCUCAGACGGAAGAUCUCUUCCGCAAAUACAAACAAGGUUGGGUCUAA